CCCCGUUUAGUAACAAACCGGCGUACGCCAGUGUCGUGAAGGAGCAAGCCCCCACACGUUCUGAGCGGCCAAUCAGCGCUGUCAAAGCAAUGUAUGUGCUGUGUGGUGGCUGCUGCUACGAGCAAGGCUAGACAAGCAGUAUGGCGGAGGAAACCAGUGAAUGCGAUUUAAUAGCUCUGGAGUCCCAGUUACAGAGUUUAUUGGACCACUAUUCUAGUGAGGAGCUGCGUGGGGACAGUAAAGCCUUCUGUACCGACUUUUGCAAGUUGGUGGAGGAUUUCACUUCUCAUUGGCAAGUGCCACUGCCUCAGCUCAGGAUCCUCCAGAGAGCUCUCUGCUAUUUUGCCCAAGCUUCCACCUCCUUUCCAUCCAACUGUGAUCAUGUGCUGGACACACUUAGUAGUCUGGCUUUAAGUGCUUUUGAGUUGCUGCUUUUCUUCGACCAGAAAGACUUCUGUGAGGAGUCAUUGCAAAGUAUCACUGCUACAUUCCAGGAAAGUUGUCUGGGCCUUGCAAAGCAUCAGAAUGUUCACUUACUGCAGGUGGGGCAUCUGCUCAAAAGCGGUGGGCCAUGGGCCAACUCCAUCUUACAAGCAAUUCUCAGCGAGUCCAAUUUACCUCAGAAUGAAGUGGAUGAGUACAUCAGCUCGGAGCUGGCAGUGUUCUUUGAGCUUCGUGUGCGCUACCUUUUGUCCUGUAAAAAAGAGGCUGAGGCAAUGUCCUUGGCUAAAUGUUGUGCCCACCAUCCCAUAGCAGGGCAGCAUCCAAUCUUCCUCCAGGUCUACCUCACGUGGCUUUACAAAAGUUCACAGCAUGAACGACUGCACACAGAGGUGGGUGAUGUGAAUGGAAAAGAUGCAGUCCACAUCCUCUGUAGUCUAGAGCUGGAGGAGGACAACAACUUACUGCUUGGUCUUGGCAGAGCUUUUCUUGCACAACAGCUCCGUAGGGGAGACAUGUACUACUUGACUGAUCUUGUCUCCAUUUGGAGCAAUCUUCACAGUCGGUUGAAAACAUCCAAGCAAGCUCUACUUGAAGAGAGUCGACAUCUGAUGAGUUUUACCACCAACAUCAACUCAAUCUUUCCGUUCAUCAGAGCCAUUUUGCAAGAACUGGGUGAAGAUGGUAAACAGUUCUGCGUGGAGCUUUGUGCUAACGCCCUGGGGUCCCACCUUCCCUGUGAUGUCAUCACUAAGUCCCUCAUCUACAAAACCAUUGCUGGCCUGCUUCCAAAUGACCUGGAGAUUUGCCGGUUGUGUGCCCUUCUUGUUUUUUUCUUGGAACGCACUGUAGAAGCCUACAAGUUGGUGUACAUUUUGUACAUGCAUCCAGAUCAAGAGUACCAGGUGGAAUGCAGUCCAAUUGGAAAUAAUGUUCGCUGUGAAACAUUGAGGAUCUUAAAGAAAGACCUCUACUUUGACCCAGAGUUUUGGAACCUCAUUGCCUUGCGAACUAGCUGUCUGGAGUUGCUGAGUGAGAAGGUGGUGAGUGCUGCCCUUGAAGAAGUCAUGGAGGACAAAUGGAUCUCAAACUACUGCACCAAAGAGUCUUCUUGUCAAAAAGCAAAGACAGGUCACUGUAAGGCAGCAACCAAGAAGAGACAGCUCAAAGAGGACAGCUGUCUUAAAGAAAACACUGACUCUGUAUCCAAAAGACUAAGGAUGGGCUCAUACAGAAAAAGGGUAAAUGUUGAUAACACUGUAAAAAGGAAUAGAACUCCAGGGUCACAGUCCUUAAAGGAAGUAUCAUCUGAACCUCUAAGACGUUCAUUUUGGCAGCUAGAGAGAAUUCAGGAUAGUGUCAGCCUAAGGUAUGGAGAACUCAGGCGUGUAACAAGACUUUUUGCAAAGAACCCACCAAAAAGAAGAAUUAGAACACCUAGGUGGCUUUUGGAAGACUCGGGAUCUGUCGUAGAGAAGAGGUCUCGUAAAUUAACAAAGCAGUGGUUGAAACUUCAGAAAAAUCAUCAAUCUUCUGUUGAACAGAGCCCUCAAUCAGUUCAGGAAAAGAACACAGGAAACCAUAAAGCGACAACAAGCUUUAAGGACAUACAACACAAUGACCAAAGUGGACUUUCUGUAGAUGCGCUUGAACAACAUCCUAUGCCUCAAGUAAUUCUUGAGCUCUCUUUACCAGACAAUGAAUUGUAUGGAACAUUUAAUGAAGACUGUUGUAACAGGGAGAAAGGAAUACCCCAAGUUCUUCUCUACAAACCUACAGUAAAGCUUCCCGCAACGUCAUCACCUUUGAAAAAUGCACACGGCAAAGAGGUUAUUCUUAGAGCCCGGGAUGAAUCAAUGUUGGUACAACAGUUGCACUGUUACGCUCGCAGACAGAAAGGAAAAGGUAACGGCUCAAUUGUCCACAGCUCAGUUUCAACCAUCACACGCUCUUCUGCGCAGGCAAGUCCUCCUAAAAAUUCAAGACAUAGGCAUGAAAAGUCCAGGAUGAAAAGAAGAACUUCUUUACGAAGGACAACAGUCGGAAGACAACUCUUUGAAAAAUCUGUUGUGGAACCAGUGGGGUUCAAGAAGGUCCUCCACCGUUCUCGUAAAAGAAAGUUGCCUUCAGCAAAAGAGGUUCAUGAAAAGUCUGCUGUUGAAGAGAAAGCCAGCCACAAUCUCCCAGUCUUGGAUACAAUCCAGGAUCAAAGUGUAGCUUCAGGACGAGACCUCUGUGAGGUGCCUGCUCUGGAGAUGAAAGUCACUAUUGCAUCUGAAACUGCUGCAUCCAAAAUGGCACAAUCCUCACAUUUAGAAAAGGUCUGUAAAGUUCAGUGUGAAGAGGGCCUUUCAGAAGCUCCUACUACAGCAAAGCUGGGUAGUGAUAAAAUCUCUUUGAAUUCCCAAGCAGCCUCCCAGUCUCAAGAUGUUUUUAAAAAUGAGGAACAAAAGCACAAGUCACUUUCUUCACAGGCUGAUCCAGACAAAAUCUCUACUGCAAACAGCUAUGCUGCUUCUAUGGGUAAAAAGGUCACUCAGAGUAAAAUAUCAGAAACUGAUGAUAUUUAUUUGUCAUCAGACCGAAACAAUAUAAACAACAUCUCUUCUCUGACAUUAGUAACAGAAGUGGUAACUAAAAUUGAACCUGAAGCACUUGGUCGAGAUCUAGAAAAUGAGAAAGUGCUAACACAUGAGAAAGUUGUAGACGUGCAACUAAAUCAAGUAAAAGGGCAAACAUGUUCUGAGGAUAGUGGUGAGGAAACUGAACCUGAAACUGAAGAAUCUAAGUUGGAAUACUGCUGUACCUUCUGUCACAAGGACUUUAAAGGACGUCAUGUUGUCGCACAUGCAAUGUUCCAUUACAGAAAAGACGAGUGUAUGUUCUGUGGGGUGAUAUUCAGAGAUGAUCUUUUGGCCAUGAUGCAUCUGUCUGAUCAUAUAGAGAAGCUCAAGAAGAUCAAAGCCCAGGAAAAUUGUGUGUUAGAGAAAAUAAACACCUGCCCAUCUAACACCUCCUCCAAAGAUGUCAACUCAGAUAAGCCGUUGGCACGACGAAGUCGUGGAAGGCCGAGGAAAUCUACUGUAUAUCCUCAACAGUCCUUUCAGGACUCAACCCCCUCUGAAUCCAGAUGCUUAAGAUCAAAUAUAAAUGUGGUUCCUGUUCAGAAACAGAACACGUCAAGGCAACAUACUGUUCACAAGGCAAAUGGUCAUCUACGCAAAAAGGAAGUGCACAGGCAUCUGAGUGAAUUGAGAGAGACUGAUGGAAAGAGAAAUGACCGUAAACAUCAUCAGCCAAAUUCCACUGCAUCUUUGGAAGAGAUCAACUCUCCUCAGAAUCUGAAGGCAGCUUCAAAACAAAAUGAAAAAGAUGUUGAGGGGAAACGAGCCAAACCUCAGGAGACGCUUUACUGCCCGGUGAACGGUUGCACUUGGUCUACAGACCUGAUGAAAAAUCGUGUGGCACUCUUGUACCAUGCUCUGGAGGAUCACCAUGGAGAGGCCAAACCUUUAGAGCUGGCGUUUCGUGUUGGUAACAGUAGGUGUGCUAUUUGCAUGAGGGUCUUGUGGAGCUUUGAACACUUUCUACACCAUGUUGAAAGUCACAGAACAGUUCCACGGUACCCUUGCCUUCACAAGGGCUGCACAGCCAGAUUCAAAACAGGAAUGGAGAUGAGACGCCACGCAAGAAGGCACAGCCCUCUGCAGGCAGUAUGCUGCCACCCUGCUUGUUCCAAACUAUUUAUCUGUCUGUGGGCGCUGAACCUCCACGAAAGAGAGCACUACGCCUCAAAACACGCCAGAGUGAAAAAGAGCACACCUGAGCAAAAAGAUGAUAAACAAAGUAAAGCAACAAACGGGAAGAAACAAGAGGAUCACAAGAUGCGAGACACUGCUGCUCCUACGGCUGCUGACAAUUUGAGUUUGAAGGUUAAGCGUAAACUAAGAAGUCGUGCCAUCAACACCUCAUCCCGAAUAAAAGCUAAGGCUCUGUCCAGCAUCAGAAAAUGUGUGGUGAAACGAGAAAUGGACAACAGAAAGGAAUCCUAUGAUUCUGAUUUUUUACGGCGUGCUUAUUCUAAUCAGAGACGGGCAUUGAGAAACAAAAAUCCAAGGAAAGUCAUCUCCUCAUCAUUGCGGAAACAUAAACGAAGAUCCAAGAUGAGGACAGAUCUGGUUAAGGUUAGUUCAGCAUUACAUCGGGGAAGAAGGCGAACUCCAAAGGCAAAACAUCAACAGGUGGUACAGGAUGCCAACACUUCAACCUGUCAGAAACCUAGUACUAGUGAAGUCCCAGAUAUCUGCCAAAAUGAUCUUAAACUUUUGACCCAGGCAACAAAGACAGUCCAGCAAGACAACAAUGCUAUGGAGAGACCAGGUGAUGAAUUACCAAGUAAAAACACAGCAAACAAGCAGAUUGAGGAGAAUCAAAAGAAGGAUUUGCUCAAAAAUCUUGCAGCUCUUGUGGCAUCCAAAAGUUUAAACCGACCAAUCAAAAUGUCCACGGCAGAGAAGACUUUGAGGUUAAACACCUUAAACCCUGAGAAAGUAAAGCGGAGCCCAAGUCCUCACGAAAACGCUGGUGAAGUGGAGAUGAGCACAAGUCCUGAUGCUAUUUCACACACGAAGGCUACAGACAGCAUAUUCGACUCAGAUAGAGUUGGGGAAUUACCUGAGACUGCUUUGGAAAGGCCACCCGAGGAUACACCUGCUCUCCCACAGGUUGAAGUGUUAGCAGUGGCCGAAGGACCUGCUAACAUGAAAGUAGAAAGGGAAGAGAACACUUCACAAAAUCUAUCAAGCCAGUCUCUGUCUGUUGUUUCUGUAAAUUGUUUCUACAAGAUGCCGCCUUGUGUGUCAGACAAGAAAUUAAAAAGGUUAUCCAAAAAUAAAAAAUUCAAGAAAUCAAAACCCAAGAAAAAAGAAAGAUCACAAGAGAAGAACAGUAAUCCUUUAGUCUCCAGCCGAGGGAAAAGGAAGCAAAAUGCUAUUGACAAGAAGAGGGUAAGGAAAAACCACUGCCAACGACCAGACAAAAGGGUUCAGUCAGAACGUGUAGAACAGAAACGAGAGGGAGUCACAGAAGAAGUAUCAUCAUCAGUAGUGGUUCCAAACAACCUUAGUGAAAAUGAAAAGGGAAAGCAUGUGGUUGUUCACAAAGAGGCUGUCAGCUCUGAUUGCUCCAUAGCUGCCGAUCCCAACAUCUUAGCUGACGGUAAGGAUUCUUCACCAGCUGAUGAAGCAAAACCUAAGGAAGAAACAACAGAUCCUGAAUCAACAAAGUCUAAAGAGCUAAAGGUAUCUAAUCCAACCAAGACAAAGAAGAAACAUAUGAGAACUUCCUCAGAGGGUGUUAAGAAGAAUGUAAGGAAGAAAAAACGUGACCACCACCAGUCAGAUUCUGAGCAACAUCCAAGAUCGGAAUCUAACGUCAAGGUGGAGACUGCGCAGAAAACUUUAGGUGGACAACACAGAGGCUCCAGGGAGAGGAAGUCCAAAGCUGAAUCCCUGAAAUCUUCCGUGUGCAUCGAAGCUCUUGCUGUUUACAGCAAGAUGCCACACCUGCGGCCUCCCCCCACCGUUUACCUGCAUGAGAGUUUCAUUUCCAUGCCCAAGCGGAGAAAGGAGGGGCCCCUCCUUCAAUCGCCUCCCAGUGAGUCUCUGCCCCCUCCUGGAGAGACCAGUGUCCCUACAGCGCAGCAGAGGCAGCGGUGCAAAAACUGUUUUGCUUCUUUUAACAGCACAGAGGAUCUGCAGCAUCACCUGCAGCUGCAGAAGUGCACCAACCUCUUUGGGUUUGACUCUGAUGAUGAGGGCAACAGCUAAGAAGGUCUUGUUUUCUUGCGUUCCUGUGGAUCUUUAUGGAGCUCCUGGAUGCACCAUACCUCAAAGUCCUCUGAAUUAUGACCUAAUAGAUUCUUUUAUGAGACAGCAGGAUGUUGAUAGGAAGAAAAUGGCAGCAAGUGUCCAAUUACAAAGCCAGUAAGUGGACAUGGACAGAAAAGCCAAUUUUAUAAAUACAUUUAAAAAAAGAACUGAACUGAGUCAUAGUUAGACUGAAGAACUGAAUGAAGUGCCUGCUCUGAAACCGAUGUGCUGUUUUCAGCAGCUUGGACCUGGUGUGUGGAGAUUUAAGCAUCGCAGCUGUGACAAGAACAGCAAAGAAAACAGAAGCUUAAUGACAAGAAAGCUGCUAGUGCUGUCGCUAAGACACAUUCUCCACACCAGUAAGCCAUAAAUCACAUUUUGCUUUUUGCACUCUCCAUAUUAAUUAAAAUGAUAUGCUUAACAUCAUUUUCUCUGAUUAUUCUUUAAAGUUAAAUGAAAAAUGAAAAAAUGAAAAUGAAAAAUUAUUGAUUAAAGAGCUAAAAUUAUAACUUGUGAUUCACUGUUUGAACCUUGUUUUGAAUGUUUUAUGUAUAAAUUCUGAAAUGCUAACGUUAUUUCUUCCAUCAUUAGCGACCACUAGGGGUCAAUGUGCACCAAUCUGUAGCCUCAGCGCAUUUAGCUUUUUUUGGUCUUUAUUUGCUACAGACGUGUACAGGCAGCUUUCCUGCUGCAGUUAUUGCUGUAAAAGAUUCAGAAAUGCUUCAAUUGACAUUUGUUAAAUAGUUACAGUUUUAUUUAGCAAUAACAUCUGCAAUGUUCCCACUCAGACCUUUGCAUCUUUCAAAAUUCCUGUCUUGUUUUUAAGCAUCACUGGAGGAGCCUAUCUUUUAUCUAAUGUGAUUAAUUCUCACUUAAAAAAAUUUUUUUUUUAACUUCAGUGUUAUCAUUAUCUUUCAUAGACCAUGAGACAUUGUGAAUUCUCUUUGAAGGUAAAUGUUCAGAGAAGAAGGGGGAAGUGACAGUGAAACUAUGAGCAUCAGCAGCAGGUUAUAUUUAUUUAUGUUUUAUUUUCUAUCUUUUGUAAAUACUUGAAGAGUUUCACUGAGUUAUUCUAUGAAUUGAUGGGAGGGAGGGUCUGUUGUUGUUGCCUCUGGGUUUAUAUUUUGUUCCUGAAGAUGAAAAUAAAACCUAUUUCCAAACUUA